AUGGUUUUCACGCAGAAGCCCGCAUCGCAUAACGAGAUGGGAGUUUCUAAUUUUGACUGGUUAAAGCUAUGGUCUGCUUUCUCAACGGAGAAACAAAAUCUGAAGGAACUUUCUAGGGAAAUUUACAGAGCUCCUCCUUCCAACAUUUCAACUCGAUCUAGGAGGCAUCGUAAGAAGGUUGAACUUCCAAAGGGACCAUCAUCCUUCACCCAUAUUUACCAUAAUGAUUUUGUUGGCCGAAAACCAAAGAAGCUGAAGGAUGAUGAUGUGGCCAUUUGUGUCUAUAAAUAUGAUAACCCUGAAAGUGCGUGCGGAGAGGGGUGCUUGAAUGUCAUGACCAGCACAGAAUGCAUACAUGGGCACUGGCCAUGUCAGGACUAUUGCAAGAAUCAGGAUUUGAAGACAAAGAGAACGAUUGGUGGAGGGCAUGAGUAUAAUGGUCUUUAUUUUCUCAACCCCAAUGGUAUGACGCCCUCUUAUGAGUUAGAUCUUCCUAUUGCUUUACGCAUAGCUAUGCAAGAAGAGAUGUCUGCUUUGGAGCAAAAUGGUACUUGGGAUCUUGUCCCUAAGCCUGUUGGUAAAUGGGUGUAUACUAUUAAAGUUCAGCUUAAUGGUUCUAUUGAUAGAUUGAAGGCUCGUCUGGCAGCUAAAGGAUUUACUUAG